CUGAUUUCUUAAAAUGGCAAUCUUAUCAUUUGAAGUAGUUUUGACAUUAACAGCUUUGUUAUUGUAUUAUGUAUACUACAAGAAAUUCAAAUUUUUUACAAUAGUAGAGAGAUUAGAUGAGAAGAAUGUUAGAAACAAAUUACCAAGAGGAAAAUGUCCACCAUCUUAUCCAAAUGGUUGGUACCGUCUUUGUAGAUCAGGAGAGUUAUAAGAAGGGUAAAUUAUAUUUGUAAUAUAAAAAAGAGAAGUAAAAGAAAUAAAAUUGUGUGGAAGACAUAUUGCUUAUUAUAGAGGAACUGAUAAAUAGGUUUAUGCAGUAGCUGCAUAUUGUCCUCAUAUGGGUGCAAAUUUAGGAAUAGGUGGUUAAGUGAAAUAUAGAUCAUGUAUAGAGUAAUGAUAUUAAGAUAAUCUUAAAAAGAUGUCCAUUCCAUGGUUGGAGUUUUGAUGGUAAAAGUGGUCUAUGUGUUAAUUCAGAACAACUAGAUCCAAAGAUAGUCUCAACUUAUUGUUAUCCAGAUAUAGAAAGAGUAACUAAGAAUUAAAAAGGAGAAUAUAUAUAAAAGAUUGCAGAUGGUUAAGUGAAAAUAAAAACAUAUUUGGUGAAGGAAAUAAAGGGAAUAGUCUAUAUUUGGUUACAUUCUAAAGAAAUUAAACCGUAUAACUAAUUAUUUUAAUAUGUUUUAGAUGGUAUAAUAUUGUAAGUGAGAAAAGCGAACAUUUAACUUUAAGAGCUGAAAGUGUAAAUUAUGUCAAUUGUCACAUUCAAGAAAUACCAGAAAAUGGUGCUGAUAUGAGACAUUUUGAUUAUAUUCAUUAUUCUGCUAUGGAUAUAAUACCAUCUUGGUUAAUAAGUUUAAAAUGGGAAAUGAAAACAAAGAAUGCUAAAGACUCUGAUUUCUUAUAAUAAAUGACACAUUCUGUUCAUAAAUGUAGAAAUUAUCAAAAAGAUCUUUUUGAUUAAUAUUUAUCAAAUAAGGAAUUGAUUCCAUAUUUAAAUGUGCUUCUUUUAGAUGGAUAUGUAAUUCUCUUUAAUAAAUUUAAAUUUCAUGCUAUUUGGGCAACAGGAUUCUAAAUGGGACCAGCUACUGUAGCAUUAUAUGUAAAAAGUGCUAUUUUUGAAGUAUUAUUUAAACAAUCAAUUUAACCAAUUGAAAAAUUCACUUAAAAAGUUUAUCAUACAGUAUUUACAAAUGGAUAUUUACCUUAUUGGUUAUCAGCAUAUUUAUUACAUGCUGAAUUGAGAUAAGUUCUAUUUGAUGUUAAAUUAUGGAAUGCCAAAAUAUUUUCAGAAACACUUAGAUAUAAUCUAAAGACAUAUUCUGAUCAAGCUUUAUUAUAAUGGAGAUAAUGGUAUUCACAAUUCUAUGAAGGAUCAGCUGAAUUUGAAAAAGGAUUAGAUAAAUUAGAAUGGUGA